AUGAAUAAUGGGAUUAAAACAGAGAACAUAUUGGCUAUGGUAGAUAAAUGUUAAAACUUGUUAAAUCAAUAUCCUAAGAAUUAACCAAAUGAUAUUAAGACUGUUAUGAUUGUUGGAUUAACAGGGUCCGGCAAAAGUACUAUUUUCAAUUUUUUAUGCGGAGCAGAGUUCGCAAUAAACAAUGAGAGUCAAUUAACAAUAACCAAUAAUAAAUAAGAGUUUUCUUUAAUAAACGAUAGUAUCAAUUCUGUUACAAAGUCACCAAAUUUCUAUUACAAUCAAGCAAAGAAACAUUUAAUUAUUGAUUUUCCUGGGUUUUAAGAUACAAAUGGAGAAGAGGAUCAAUUAUUAUAUGACCUUCUAUUUAACAAAAUUAUAUCUUUUGGUCCUUUAAAAGUUAUUUAUGUAUUGGAAAAUCCUUCAUUUAAACUUAGUGGUAGAGCGACUGAUUUCUAAAAAUUCCUAAAUUCUCUUGAUACUUAAAACAAAAAUAUAUCAUUUGAUUUGAUCUUAAAUAAUUAUAUUGCAAAAUAAUCAAUUGAAGAAUUAUUAAAGAAAAUAAGAUAGGAUCUCACGCAAUAUACAAAGUACAUCAGAGAAAUCCAUGUCUUAAAAGGAGCCUAAAGCUAAGAAGUUGUUAAUUAAAUUUUUAAUUAAGAAUCAAGACAAAAACUGUGGUCUUGUAUUGAAAAUUUGAAACCUUGCGAAUAUGCCCCAAAAAAACUGCAUCAAAGCGAAAAAAUAAGUUAAUAUAUAAAUAAUGAAGCAUUAAAGAUUAUCUAAGAAUACGUAUUUGCUUUGGAUUAAAAUUUUCAGAGUUAAAUUACAAAUUUAGUAAAUAUAUAAUCAAACGAAAAAAUUUUCAAUGCCUAAACUAAUGUCAAAAAGUUGGAAGAAUUGAUCCUUAAUCAAACAAAUAAAAACCCUUAUGAGUGGUUUGAAGCAUUUGUUUUGACAUGUCAAAACAUUUUAACGACAAUAGACUCUAAUAGUUCAUAUCAAAAUUGUAAAAAUUUCUAAAAAGUCUUUAAAUAUUUUGAGGAGUUUUCUAAUCUCAUUGAUGGAUAUAAAAAUAUUGAAAUUGCAAAUAAAUUUGCAAAAUCUCAAUUAACAUAAAUAAAAUAAUAUUUCGCUGUCGUUGAAUCAUUUUAUCAAUAAGCAAUGUAGGCCAAAGUUAAAUAAGAAUAAGAUGAAAUUGAUAAAAAAAAAUUAUUAGAAGAAAAAGAAAGAUAGGAAAAACUUUUGAAAAGUGAAAAUGAAAAAUUAAAGAGUGAAUACUAAAAACUCUAAAAUUAGAAAUAGGAUACUUCUGUGAUUGAGAAGUUGAUAUCUCAAUUAAAUGAGGAUAGGAAUGUAAUGGUAUCAUAAUUCUAAGCACUAAUAGAACAAAAAGAAAAAGAAGAAAAAUAAAAAAUAAAGAGACUUGAACAACAAGUUUAAAAGCUCCAGAAUGAUUUACAAAAUUCAAGAAAUUCCCAAAAUUCAUAAAAUUAAGCUAAUCAUUAAAAUUCUACCCAGUAGAAAAGUUAAAAUACUUAAUAAAAUGAGAAUUAGAAAGAAAAAUAAGAUUAGAAAUAAGAUUAGAAAUAGGAGUAGAAAUAGGAGUAGAAAUAGGAGUAGAAAUAGGACCAGACAUAGCAGUAGAAAUAGGAUUAGGGAUAGCAGUAGGUUUAGGUAGAGUAGAAGAAAUAGGAUCAGAAUUAGAAUCAUAACGCAAAUAGCACUUAGAAGACUUCAAAUUCAUCCUCAUGUUAACUUAUUUGA